AUGGCCGACCCAUUCGAAGUGCGCAUGCGCUUCACUUCCCAGCUCCAACACCUCAACGCCUCCACCACCUCCGCGACCAAAGCCGCCAACUACGCCCUCAAACACUCCGAAUUCAGCGACGAUCUGCACUCAUGCAUCCUCGAGCAACUCGAGCGCAACAACAUGAACAACCGCGCGAACAUCAUGUACUUCCUCCCCGCCCUCUGCGACCUCGCGAAAGGCCAGAACGAGCUGGGAUACGUGCGCAUGAUGGAGAGGGAUAUUCUGCGGAUCGUGGAUCUAGUCGCGCCCGACGACGGGAGUGGAGCGGCUAAUGUCAGGGUCGUGCGGAAAGUGCUUACGGCGUUGGAGGGGAAGGGGUUCUUGCAGAAGCAGACGGUCGUGGAGCUGGAAGACUGGAUCGCUGGACGGGAUGUAGCGGCGCAGAGUUCGCCUGGACAUCCGACUGGUGCUACGAGCGCGGUGGAGCCGCCGGGGUCGGUGAAGAAAGCGACGCCGCAGUCGAGUGUGCGGGAUCCGGUGUAUAACCCUGGGAUCAGGUUGGAUAAGCGGCAGAUUGAGCAGCGGAUCGAGGAGGAUCGGGAGAGGCAUAAGAGGGCGAGGGAGGGGAUAUGGGCGAUUUCGCAGAAGGGCGGGACGGGGGCUUUGGUGGAUGAUGCGGAGUUAGAGCGGAUGGGGGAAGAGGGGAGUGAGGUGGACGAGGAUGAUUAUAUGAUUGCGAGGGAGGCGCAGGAGGAGAGGAGGAAGUGUUUGGAGUUUGAGGGGACCUCUUACUGUGAGCAUCUCUGUGCGACAUUGUCGAUUUUGCUGUGGGCUCCUGGACAUGACCCGGAAGCUGGCCAGACUUGA